GUGUAGAAUGACCACUGAUUUUGUAAAGAAAAAAAAACAGGAUCAGCUGACAAAAAAAAAACAGUAUCAACAAAAAAGGUUAUUAAUUCUCAAUAAGUGGACGAGAAAAAAAUUCUUAAAAUUUGAAAGUUUUGUUAAAAUAUGAUAGGAAAUAAACUUCGAAAAAUCAUUACAAACCAUAAUUUUCUAAUUGCUUUUGCAUUUGUUCUGGUUCUUUUGUAAACGUUCAGACUUUAACAUAAUAAAAGAGUAUAAGACCACCUUCAAUCAGAACCCUUCUAUUAAAAUUAAAGAAAUAAAAAAUAAUUAAGAGAAAUAGUGAAAAGAAGUUUUAAAAAGCUUUGUUUUAGAACCACUUCUAAACAUUUUUCAUCUACAUAUCAUACAACUAAUAUUUUAAUGAUUUAAAAAAAAUAUCAAACUUAAUUGUACAAUUAAAGUAUGAAUAUUUUUAUUGUUUUAGAACCUUAUGUCGACAAAAGAAAAAAAAAACCUUACAUGAUUUCUAAUGGUCGGAGAUGGUUUAUCAUUCUAUACCCCUCAGUGCCGUUACCUCCAAAUGCGAUACAACCUGAUGGUUUAUAUUAUGCACUGGAUUGGGAUCGUGUAACGUAAGACUAUUGAUUUUACUUUUGUAAAAGAAAAGUUCAUCGAUACUAGCACCAGUUCAGUCCUUAUACAUUGGGUGGAGACAAGAAGAAUAUCAUAGGAAUCAUCUUUUUACUCCCCAUACUCAUAAAUAAAGCUCUUGUAAAAGUUUUGGUACAGAACUCAAAUUUAUGAAGAAAGGUAAAUGAAUAUCCUAUAUUUAUAUAUCAUAUAUGCAGGUUUAUUAAAAAGCUGAAAUUAAAACACUUUUUCUCUCAAAGAUAAUGCAUUACUAAUUAAAUAUGUUUGGUGGCAACAAACUUUUUUGAAACAAUUUAUUAGUUGUUUGAUAUUACAAACAGAAAAAAAUGAAGAUUUUUUUUUAAUAUAUUAAUAUGGUCAAUUCUGAAAAUGCCACAACUUGUGUUUCUUUUCUAAAAACUACCAUUAACAACCUUGAAAUUCCAAAAUUACAGGAAAAGUAUGAUUUUGGAAAAAGUUCUUAAAAACAUUAAUUCUUACUUAAAUUUCCGGCAAACAAUCAAUUAUACAUAAACUACGCGUAGCUGUAAAUGGUAUUAUAGAUGAAAAAUUAGAUAACUAACCCAAACAUAAUAACUUAUCAUUUUCACUAUUAGGCCAACAUUUGUUUUUUUCUGAACUUUGAACUUAUUUAAAAACUAAGUGGUUGACUCAAAAUAUGUUAGCGGAUUGACUAAUGACUAUUAGCGUCUCCAUUGAUGUUGAUAUAAUUAUAAGGUAUGCUUUCAAUAUAAAAAUUCUCAUAGAGUUUACGUCCAGUGUCCAAAAAUAUUUUCAAACUUAUUGAUAACAAAGAGAUUGAACAGACACAUAACUCUAAACGAACAGUUUGCACCAAGUUGUAUGGUCAGCUGAGUGUCAAUGAAGAGUUUGCAGAGUGAGAGAUUAUAGCGAGUUCGUGAAAUUAUAACAAAAAUGUAUAAAUAAAAAAUAAAAAAUGAGUUUCAAUAAUCGGAAUACAACCUGUUUUAGGAACACUUCAAUUAAAACAUUUCAAAUCAAGACGUUGGGAGCUAAAAGUUGAGAAUAUUAGAGCGUUUGACCUUCUCGACAAAAUCUAGUUACCCGUAGCCAAAGCUAUGCAGUGUAUAAAUUCUCAUAUCGAAUUUUUACGUCCAGUGUUCAUUUAUUUUUCUGCCGGUUCAGGCGUUUGUUUUCCAUUCUGGUGCAGACAGAAGAUAACAAUCGAUCACUUGCGCCCAAAGCAAUUAUGUGGUCUAGGUUUCUGAGCUCAUGCACGAGACCCAUGUUUUAGGUUUUAAUCCCAUCAAUUAAGUUAUCCAAUGAUUAAUUUUCUAUAUAAAAAAUACAAAUGCAAAUGCAAAAUCUAGCAUAGAAGAUGCUAUUCAAUUUUUUUUACGUCAAACGAAGAUAUUUCUAUUCUUGAAUCCAUUAAUUAGCUAAAUGGUCAAAACACUUCUUAGCAUUAAAAUGGGUAUUAUAUUUUUUUGCUGACUCAAUUAAUACCUUUCUGUGACAAAGUAACUAAAGACAACUAAAUAAAACACAUUAAAAGCUAUAUUAAAUUCGUACUAGCGUUUUCACAAACAUUCAACUAUGUUUACCCCAAAUUCAACAACACUCAACGUGUAACGUCACAGAAGCUUUAUCUCACAAAUUAUUAUUUUCUUUACUUUUUUUUUUUGGAAAAAAGCCAUCUAUUUUCUUUACUUGAUUCUCAAUCUGUUUAAAUUUACAACAAAAUUAUACAGCUUAUAAAAAUUUUAAAGGAAAAACUUAACUUCAAGUGUCUUGAACUAUAUUUAGUACUCUAAAUAUGAAUAUAUAUUUUUCCCAGUGUAACUAAGUCUAAAUUUUGAAAUUAAUUAAAUUAUUUUUCCUUACAUUAUUCAUGUUAAUACAUGAUAAAAAACAAAAUGGUUAAGCAUUAGAGAAUUAAUGAUAAAUUAAGUAACAUUAAUGCUACCAACAAACUCCAAACGUUAGAAAUUUACCAACAAAUUAAUGGGUAUAGUAAAAACACACAUUUAAUAUCUUCCUUUCUUCUCCUACCUUACAAAUACGAGAAAGAACAAAGCAAACACAAAAACACUUCACUUUUUUUACUAAUUAAUUAGUUUUUUUUCUCUUCUUUCAAAAAAAUAUGGAGAAUUACGUCGACGAGAGUGGUUUUGCUCCUCUAAACCAAACCAUCUUCACACGUGAUCAAGAACAUAUGAAGGAAGAAGAUUUUCCAUUCGAAGUCGUUGACCAAUCAAAGCCCACAAGCUUUCUUCAAGAUUUUCACCAUCUUGAUCAUGAUAACCAGUUUGACCACCAUCAUCAUCAUCAUCAUCAUCAUCAAUACCAUGGCUCUACAUCUUCAAAUCCUUUGUUCGGUAUCCAAACGACGUCGUCAUGUGCCAAUAAUAAUCCUUACCAGCAUUGCUCUUACCAAGAAAACAUGGUCGACUUUUAUGAAACUAAGCCACAAGUGAUGAAUCAUCAUUUCCAAGCUGCAGAGAAUCCAUACUUCACUCGUAAUCAUCAUCAAGAGAUCAACUUGGUCGAUGAUCAUGAUCAUAUGAACUUGGAACAAAACAACAUGAUGAUGAUGAGGAUGAUCCCUUUUGAUUACCCUCCUACAGAGACCAUCAACAAGCCUAUGAACUUCGUGAUGCCAGAUGAAGUUUCAUGUGUUUCCGCAGAUAAUAAUUCUUAUAGAGCGAUGAGUUUCAACAAGACCAAGCCUUUUCUGACAAGAAAGUUGUCUUCAUCCUCGUCGUCAUCGUCAUGGAAAGGAAAGAAGAAGACAACAUUAGUAAAAGGACAAUGGACUGCUGAAGAAGACAGGAUAUUGAUUCAGCUUGUGGAGAAGUACGGACUGCGAAAAUGGUCACAUAUUGCGCAAGUGUUACCAGGAAGGAUAGGGAAACAAUGUAGAGAGAGAUGGCAUAACCAUUUGAGACCUGACAUUAAGAAAGAAACAUGGAGUGAAGAAGAAGACAGAGUGUUGAUAGAGUUUCAUAAAGAGAUUGGAAACAAAUGGGCAGAGAUUGCUAAAAGACUACCUGGAAGAACAGAGAACUCGAUCAAGAACCACUGGAACGCGACAAAAAGAAGACAAUUCUCUAAGAGAAAGUGUAGGUCUAAGUAUCCAAGACCUUCUCUGUUGCAGGAUUACAUAAAGAGCUUGGAUGUGGGAGUGUUGUCUUCUUCUUCUGUUCCUGCAAGAGGUAGACGCAAAGAGAGUAGCAAGAAGAAGGAUGUUGUGGCUGUUGAGGAGAAGAAGAAGGAGAAGGAGAAGGAGAAGGAGAAGGGAGAUGAGUUUUACGGACAAGACAGGAUUGUGCCGGAGUGUGUGUUUACUGAUGACUUUGGAUUCAAUGAGAAGCUGCUUGAGGAAGGAUGUAGCAUUGACUCGUUGCUUGAUGACCUUCCUCAGCCUGACAUUGAUGCCUUUGUUCAUGGAAUCUAGUCUAUUUUGGAUUUUUUCUAUUUCAGUUUUUUUUUUCAUACGAUAUUCCGCUAAACUGCUGAGUGAGAAGCAUAUUGACUGAUUUUUAUGGCGGAUUUCACUGUCUUUUUCUGUCAGUUUUUCACCAGUUUUGCCAAUAAUACCUCAAAAUAAGAUGCAUUGUUU